CGUUAGGAGAAAUUACACCCUCGUCGUCGCCAACUGUCGAAUUCCGCGAAUACGUUCCGAAUAUUGAGCGUCCGGCCUUACACGAUUAUUCACUGCAGGUCGUCUUCUCCAAAAACGUAUUUUACACAACGCGAUCUUUGUUACACUGAUCCAGUCCGCCCACGACCACUUCAACCCAAACCGAUCCCAUCGCUUUCGAUAUCAACUCUACCAUGGCGCCCGAAACACCCAGAGCAGUCUCUUCGAGACUUCUCACCAUGAAAUUCAUGCAAAGGGCAGCUGCUUCAGCAUCAUCGACAGGUUCUCCAGACUCGGACACACACUCUGCGAAGAAGCGCAGGCUGGGAGAGUCGCCUUCAGAAGGUCGCAUCAACCUGAACAUUGAUCAGGCAACAAUCAAGGCUGCUCUGGAUGACCAAGAGGCCAAGCGCCUGGCGGCUCUGGAGAAGCAUGUUGGCGCCGACACACAUUGGGUUCUCAACAACACGUGGGCUGGUUCCAAAACCACAAACACUGCGAAGGCACCACUCAAUGUCGUCUACGUCGGGUAUGGUGACAUUGAUUCAUCUAAUGAGUCAGGCGACAAUGAAGACGUGCCAUCGAACGGACGAACAUCUACAAGCAACUUUAAAAGCUCUAAAACAAAGCCAUCAGUUGCUCAAAAACCUGCAGAUGAGUCGGAUGACUCGAGUGAUGCAGACUCGGAUGCAUCAGAUGAGCCCACCCCGGGACGCAAGCGAAAGCCAUCCAGUGAUAGCCCGCACUCUCAGUCCGCGCGAAGUCGCUCACGUUCUAGAUCACAACCCCGACAGAGCUUGGAGAGUGCCAAAGCAAAGGAGUUCCGCGAGAAGAGAAAGAAGAAGGAAGUGAAGCUUAGUAAACUGACUUCCAUUUCUUCUGGUGGCGGUAGCCAGUUCUCGCCGUCAAACGCCAAGUCCAUGACAUGCUACAAAUGCCAUCAGGCCGGCCACAAAGCUGUAGAUUGCCCAACAUCGGGCACUUCGAGGGGGCGAUCGAAGAGGUAGACGACCCUAGCCAGGGUACUGAGAUUCCUCUCAAUAUCCGCC